UUUUUUCCGGAAUACUAAUCAAACUUCCCCGAAGUGAAAUUUCAAAAUGCAGUAUAAUUGGUGGUCUUCAUCGCGCCAUAAACGACUUUUACAAAUCGGAUACGCUGGGAAAUCUAUGUUGUGUAUAAUAUAUUCAUAAUUUGAUCUGUUUAUUUGGAGUUUUCUAAGAAAUAUAUGUGAUGGCAACUUCCAAGAACAAUACACGUAAACCAUUGCUUGUAGUGAAUGAUUACAUCUCCUCAGAGACAACAACCUGCCAGGGCAAUUUACAGAUUCCAUUGACUGUAAUGAACGAUCAAAUCUAUUCAGAUCUGAAAACAGAAUGCAAAUCAGAUGUUUUUUCCCAUACCGAUACAGCUGCAAAGAAAAAGAAAAAUAGGAGGAAUUAUGUUAUAGCACUAAUUGUUGUGCUAAUAAUCAUCGUCAUACUGUCAUCCAUUCUCAUUCUACAGAACGUGGAACAGGAACAAAAGGGAAAGGUUGAACAAGAAUAA